AUGUCUACAACUGAAGAAAAGGUCCAAGAUGACUCAUUAGAUAGGAAAACUUUGUUUGUCCGUUCAAUUCCAUUCGACAUCACUAACGAGCAGUUGUCAGAUUUUUUUUCACAGUUUGCACCUGUUAAGCAUGCCGUUAUAGUCAAUGAUAACGAAAAUAAAUCACGUGGUUUUGGAUUUGUGUCUUUUACUUCUGAUGAUGAUACUUUAAUAGCGUUGCAGGAGUCCAAAAAAAAGAAGCUAAACGAUAGGCUUUUGAGAGUGGAUAUUGCCAAAAGAAGAGAGAGAAAGAAGGAUGAUUCUAAAAGCUCCACCCCAAAGAAAAACAAUGUUGCACCAGAAAAAAUUGCUCUUCAGAAAACUGCAAGAUUGAUUGUUAGAAACUUGCCAUGGAGUGUGAAGAAUUCUGAUGAAUUGGCAAAUAUUUUCAAAAUGUAUGGUCCCGUUAAAGAAGCUAAGAUUCCGAAAAAGCCAGAUGGAAAAAUGUGUGGGUUCGGUUUUGUUACUAUGACUAAACAUGCCAAUGCAGAGAAAGCCGUGAAGGAAUCUUCGAAUCUCAAAAUUAACGGUAGAGAAGUUGCUGUUGAUUUUGCAGUCAGUAAGUCUCAUUGGACUGUCCUCAAAGACGAACAACCGGAAGAGCCCGUAGAAGCCAGUGCCGAGGAAGAUGAUUCUGAUAGGGAUUCUGAUGUUGAUGGAGCAGUGGGAACCGAAGAGGAAGAAGACGCAGAAGAAGACGCAGAAAAUGAUGAUGAUAGUGAUGAAGAAGUUCACGAUGAAGAUGUAAAAUUGCUUGAACUAGAAGAUGAAGAACCGAAGGAAAGGAAGAAAAGAAACAGACAGGAGAAGUUUUGUGUUUUCGUUCGUAACCUCCCAUAUGACGUUACGGAAGACGCAUUGAAGGCACACUUUGAAAAAUUGGGUGAAGUAAAAUAUGCAUUGCCCGUCAUAGACAAGGAGACUGGUUUACCAAAAGGUACUGCCUUUGUUGCAUUCUACAAGAAUAACGCCUACGAAGAAUGUCUUUUGAAUGCUCCUUCGGUUUCUGCUAACUCAAUUUUGCUACCUGAUGAUGUUUCUCCGUUCUAUGUGUAUGAAGGUCGUAUCAUGCAAAUCGCACCAGCUCUGGAUAGAGAUUCUGCAGCUAGAAUGGCUGAAAAAAGUGCAGAGAGCAGGAAAGAACUUCUAGGUAGAACACCAAAGGAGUCUGAUAAGAGAAACUUAUAUCUUUUAAAUGAAGGUAGAAUUGGGCCAAAUUCAAAAUUAGCCGCCCUACUAAGUAAAGGUGAUCUAGAUAUCAGGGAAAGAUCGUUCAAUCUAAGAGUUGAGCAAUUAAAGAAGAACCCAACAUUGCAUUUAUCUAUGACUAGAUUGGCAAUUAGAAACUUACCUAGAGCAAUGAAUGAUAAAUCCUUCAAGCAAUUAGGUAGAAAAGCGAUUGUUGAAUUUGCGAAGGAAGUCAAAGAAGGCAAGAGACAUCCUUUGUCGAAGGAAGAAAUCGAUAGAUCUACUAAGCAUAAGCAUUUUGUGUUGGAAAAAUUAGGAAUAACAGACGAUGAAGAGAAGAAGAGAGUUUCCAAACACGGUGUGGUUACUCAAGCAAAAGUUAUCAACGAAGUUAAAGGCUCCGGUGAAUAUGGUAGAUCUAGAGGUUAUGGUUUCUUAGAAUUUAGAGAUCAUAAGCAUGCGUUGAUGGCUCUCAGAUGGUUGAAUGCCCAUGAAGUUACCAAGGACGAAAUUACUAACGGUUUAACAGAAGAGCAGACUAAAUUAGCGUUAAAGGAAAAAACAAUCAACAGAAGAAGAUUAGUUGUCGAAUUUGCUAUUGAAAAUGCCAGUGUUGUGAAGAGAAGAUACGAUCAAAUUUCGAGGAGUAGAACCGAAGGUAAAACAUUAAAAAGAAAAAGAGAAAAUGGAGAAGAUACAAAGGAAGAAGAAACAUCUAAGAAGAAGAGCGGAAAAGAUAACAAGAGACAAAAGGUUAAUGGAAAGAAUGGUAAACGAGGCAACCUCAAUAAAGGUAGUCACGUUGGUAAACCUAGAUCAAUUGCAGAAGGUCGUUCUGAAAAUGAUCAGAAAUUAUCAGCUUUGAGCGAAGAUGCUAAAAGAAUGAUUGGCAAAAGACGUAGACAAAAAAAGCAAAAAAAAUAG